GCCAUAGCCCCGCUUUCAACUGGGGCGAUUCAACAUAGCCUUUCAUUUAUCUGCUACGCGACAUCUUUCGGUCCGCUUUCUAGCGUCUUCUAGUGCGUUUGCACGCUAUGCUAACUCCCUCAUCACAAUCCUCGUCCCCAAUUCUUUCUGCCCAAGAUACUGCCAGCUUCAACACCCGCAAAAGACAGCGCUCGCAAUCCAUGUCAUCUGAGCCCUCCUCCUCCUCCCCCAAACGCUCCGUAUGUGACGACACGUCCCAAGACUCACCGCGCAUGCCUCAGUCUCAAGACAUGUCUGCCCUCUCCAUUUACGAUUCUCCAUCCAUCAACGCAAUCGAUGCUUACAUGGCGGAGCAGGGCGAGGACUUUUCAUCCUCGUCUGCGGCCUUGGUCACUCCUGCUCAGAGAUAUGAGCAGGUGGAACAGCUGUCUAAGACCCCAAUGCAUUUAGGCGAAACUUGGUAUGUCGUCUCUCGCUCAUGGCUCAAGCGAUGGCGCAAAGCAUGCUCUGGCGAAGUGGACAAGGAAGGUCCCGUGGAAGAGAAGGAUCUCGGUCCAGUUGACAACAGCGACAUUGUCUCUCCGGACGACGGUAGCAUCAAACAGACGAUCGGUCCUGAUGACUAUGACUUUGUCCCGGAAAAGGUGUGGCAAUGGUUUGUUGAAUGGUACGGCGAACCGCGCCACCCAUUACCUCGCAAGGUUAUUGGUCGUGGCAUACACGAGGAGCCCACAAUCGAGCUUCAUCCGCCUCGAGUCAAGGUCCACGUGUUGACCGGCGCGCCUGUGCCCGGCGUCAGUGUGCCCCCACGAACAGUUGUCAUCUCCGUCAAAGACACCGUUCAGGAUGUACAUUCAAAAUUGCCAGAGCCUGUCCUGGGUGCGGACGGCCGGGCCUACCGCAUCUGGAAACUCACCGAGAGCAGUACAGCUUGGGAGCAAAUGUCCUGCACUCCCGAACAGCUGAAGCAGCGUGGCGGUAUAAUUCUAGAGCCCAGCCAACGGACCGUUGAGGAUGAGAUGAUUGAGGCGGGCGACGAUUUUGUGGUGGAAUACCAAACAGAUGGACAUUGGGUCGCAGAGGCUAGCGAAGUGCCUUCCCAGCCAGGCAUCUCCUCAACGUCGACUUCUCAGUCGACUAUACAGGCCCCGACUCCAAGGCUGUUCAGCUCUGAAAACGACUUUUUCAGUAACAUGCAGGUCAAGUCAUCAGUAGCGAAGCCGGCAUUGUCAACAACAAAAAACGGGCCUCUCAUUCAUACGCGUUCCGCCAAGGGCAGUAGCCAGGAGCCAGGGACGUUGGGGCUGGGCAACAUGGGAAACACUUGUUUUAUGAACUCUGCAUUGCAAUGUCUCGCUCAUACAAAAGAAUUGGCGGAGUACUUCCUCACUGGGGUUUUCCAAGAGGAGCUGAACCCCGACAACCCUUUGGGCAUGCAGGGUGCUAUUGCCGAGGCUUUUGGUGCUCUGCUCCAGCGGAUGUGGGCACCCUUUACGACGAGUAGUUCGUACUCUCCGCGUGAGUUCAAACAAGCGCUUCAGCGGUUCGCCCCGCAGUUCAGUGGGUACCAGCAACAUGACUCGCAGGAGCUUGUCGCGUUCUUGCUCGAUGGGCUGCAUGAGGACCUUAAUCGUGUGCUAAAGAAGCCGUAUGUGGAGAAGCCGGACUGGGAGGGGGGCGGCGACAAGGAGUUGGUGGAGCUCGCGAACAAGUCAUGGCGCGGAUACAUGAUGAGGAACGACAGCGUUAUUGUUGAUCUAUUCCAGGGCCAAUAUCAAAGUACACUUGUUUGCCCGGAGUGUUCCAAGGUUUCAAUCACGUUUGAUCCCUUCAUGUACCUCACGCUUCCUCUGCCGGUUCAGAAGAAGUGGCGGCAUACCAUAUAUUAUGUUCCAUGGGAUACUGACAAGCCACAUGUGCAGGUCCCAGUCGAGAUCAACCGGAAUGCUUCCUUUAGAGACCUUCGGCAGUUGCUUGGCAGGUGGAUGGACGCCGAACCUGAUAAUCUGCUAACGCUGGAGGUCUUCAACAACCGGUUCUACAAAGACCUCAACGACACCGUUCCCGUGGGCGAGAUGACCGAUGGCGACAUUAUUGUCUGCUUCGAGCUACCUUGUCAUGCUCAGCAGAGCAGGACAUACAAGCCACAGGCCGAUGAUCCUCAUAUUGUACCUGUGUUCCUGUGCGAUAGCACGCCGCCACGCACGAGCUACUCCCGACAGACCCUCUUCGGAUACCCAUUCAUCGUUGUCAUUGAUCACAAGCAGGCGAUGGUCCUGGAAACAAUCUACGACGCGAUCAUGGACCGUCUGCAGAGAUGGACCGACCACGCCCGAGAUCUUUUUACAUGGGAAGCUGGGACGCCCACCUCGAUGAAGCCGGUGCAAAUUCCUAUUUCUGGCCCUCCCGAAGUGGACUCCGUGACGGAGAUUAAAGAAAACGGAGAUAUCGUAACCGUAGAGGAACCUGUUGUUGAAGAGAGCGAUAUUACCGACGCGAAAGCAACUGUGGUGCACGAUCAAGACGAUAUUGGUAUGGAAGAUGACAUAGAUCCGGAACCGCGCAAGGUCGGCUUCAAAAGGGACAUCUUCAAGCUCCUCGUUCAGCGGAGCAAUGCCAAGUACGGGAUUGGCCAUGGUUUCUCCGGCGCUCAACGCCUCAACUCCAGGGAGCACCUUGCGUCGGAUUCUGCAGAACUUCUCCACGAGGCCGAUGCACUCUAUUGCGAAUUUGACGAGAACGUGAAAGACUACUUCUUCGGCGAUGAGCGGAGUCGUUGGCAGCAUGCUCGAUGGAAGUUUUGGGAAGAGUACAUUCAUCCUGAGUACGAGGCAAGUCAAAAGGCGUCGUCAUUGAAGAAGAACAAGGGAAUUACGAUUCAGGACUGUCUAGACGAGUUCACGCGGGAGGAGAAGCUCGGUGAGGACGAUUUGUGGUAUUGCCCGAGAUGCAAGAAGCAUCAACAGGCAACGAAGCGGUUCGAUCUGUGGAAGGUCCCCGAUAUCCUGGUAGUGCAUCUGAAGCGCUUCAGCAACAGUCGGACGCUGCGAGACAAGAUUGAUACCUUUGUUGACUUUCCUAUCAAUGGCCUGGAUAUUUCGGACAUGGUUGGCGAGCGACAAGUUGCUCAACGGCUCCUGGAGCAGGGCGUGGACAUUGAGCAGCUUGGGCUCAGCAAUGUGGAUGAGCCGCUGAUGUACGACUUGUAUGCUGUCGAUGAACAUCUUGGCGGCUUGGGCGGCGGCCACUAUCGCGCGUAUGCGUACAAUCAUGUCACAGACAAGUGGUAUCAUUUCGAUGAUUCGUAUGUAUCGCCUACACGCGCUGAAGCUGCAGUCAAUGCCAAUGCAUAUUUGCUGUUCUACCGGAGGCGCACCUCACGGCCUCUCGGCGGCAAAAGUCACGCGAGAAUAGAGGCGGCUCAAAGGAGUCCGCAGAUAAUGUCCCUGACACCCCCUGAUGCGCAAUCACAGCUGCCGACGCCUCCUUCUGAGGGCAGCAGGAAGGCGGUAUCCCCCAUUUUCUCAACUCUCGCUCCUAGAACUAGUACGGCAGUCACGGCUAUUGGUCUCAGACCAUACACUGACCCAUGGGCGACUCCGCUGUCAAUUGCACGAUCACCACCGGCGUCUUCUCUCCUUCCACUUGAUGAUGGCGAGCUACCAUCCUUCGAGCAAGCGCAAUCUGAUGAGAUUGUCGCAACGUCCCUGGACCCCUUGACAAUUUCAGCUCAUCAGUUCGACUUCCCAGACCCGUCGUCGAGAAACUCACCCACAUCCUCCCUGGAGGCAGCAGCUGAUUUGGAGGAGUUCGACAAGGAUGUUGUGAAGACAUCCUCCCUGGAGGCAGAAGCUGAUUUGGAGGAGCUCGACAAGGAUGUUGUGAAGGAGCUGACACAUCGUGGAGAGUGGCGGCCUGACGUACCUGACGGCGCUCUUGCCCAAGUGUCCGACGAUGUAAUGUCUGACAGCAGUCAGGAUGCAACUUCACCCAGCUCGUCGAGUGUCGAUGAUUCGCAGAUGCGCUCGGAAUCUGAAGAGGACCAGGAGGAGAUGCAGCCGGUCCGAUUAGAAACUGAUUCAGAGUAUGAUGAGUAGUCGUAGCAUGACAACUAAUCGCGUUUCCCAUAGAGUAUGUUUACAUGGUGGUUACAUCGCUAUUAUAUGUAUAAUCACCAACGCUGCACUGAUACAUUAAUUAUUAAGCCUACCACGC